AUGUUCAUGCUCCGCCCAUGCGAGUCGAAGAACUCCAAGGGCUCACUCGACGACGAGUCUGUUGUCUUUGCGCCCGACGCCACACGAUACAUCGACAUGCACCUUCAUCGCGUGGUCAAGCUAGACAUGGGCCCGUCAUCAUCACAUAUGAUCCACAUCAAGUGUUCUGGUCAGUGUGAAGCGGUGGUGAUGGCGACCACCACCGCCGCCGAGGCCGACCAGUGGCUCGAGUGGCUCUCCAAAGCCCGCCGAGCGCCGCGUAUCGUCUGUCGCGCAACCGACGCCAUGGUCUCCUCCCCGAUUUGGGUUCCGCAUCUUCCGGUCGUCGAGGAGAUGCCCAAGAUGCUUGCCGCGUGGUACCGACUGUACUUUCUCCACGCAGACCACGCCAACUUUGUGGCCGAUCUCCGCGGCUGGCGCGGGAGCUCGUACGGCGUCGUUGCCGUCUCGGUCAUGCGCUGCCUCGAGGCCGGCAAGGAGCUCGUCCGCGCCGUGGUCUGGUCGGGCCGUGGUGGCAUCGUCCCGUUUGUUGCCUACCCAGGCUGCGAGUUCAAGAACUUUCGCAAAGACCUCAUUCUCGCGCUUGCAGUCUACGAUCCGAUUCUGUGCAAGGCGCGCAACAAGUUUGUGUGUGUCACUGGGGCGAUGGGCGUCGAGCGGCUGCUGAAUCUCGAAGACCAGGCCUUUCCACGGACAGCAGAGAUCGGAGUCAUGAUGGUCCGGCCAGGUCAGACCUCGGUCGACGACAUACUGGCCAACGACGUGUCCGACCCAAACGGUGCUGACGACGCGUUCUGCAACUUUGACGGGCGCAUUCUCCGUUUUACCCGGGUUGGCCACCGCGACAUCAUGUACAAGGUCGCGCCGUACAUUCCACAUGUCUCGCGAAACGGUGUACGCGAGGUGCUGCGCCGCGAGCAAGUGCUGGGUUGUCAGGCCGUCAUUGUCAUGGUCCCAUCAGUCGACGACAACCCGCCGACGUUUGAUCCCGCUGCAGUCUUUGCUGACUCGGACGUUUCAAUCGCCGCCGCUGUCUCCAGGCAUCCGGCCACCAACCUCUACCGCUACCAGAUCAUGUGGCGAGAGAACGUCACGUGGUUUGGUGUUCCAAGCGGGACGCAACUGCUUCCGCUCGGCAAAGAGACUGCACUCGCAGUCGUCACGGCCGUCCUCAACGGGCUCACUUCGCUGCGCAGCUCGGGCGCACCGAGUCUGACGCUUUCUGUCGAACAUCGUGAGGCGACGCUUGCACGGUUACACGCCGCGGUGGAGAGCGAGCUGCCCGGCUUCGACAUCGGGCCCAAGAUAGGCGCUGUCGCUUCAAGCCGUAACCUCCACGCACCGCCGCUUCUCGGUGGCCGCAAUGGUCCGGAGCGUCGCGCGGUGCCGUCUCUGGAGAUCGGCACGACAAGUAGCACGGUCGCCAAAGCCACGAUGGUCAGGGGCGCCUGUGGCUCGUUUGUGACCUGGGCACCGUGGCGCCAUCGCCAGUUUGUGCUCGGUGGCGCCACCGGCCUCCGCAUCGGCAGCGAGCGGAAGCCACGCGAGGUGCUCAAGCGGCCUGUGGCGCAGGUUGUAGUCAUGGCCAAACCAGCUCUCGCCGUCGUUCGAUACGAGCGCAACAGGUAUGCUAUCGACUACGUCCAUCUUAACUCGAUCGGCGAGUGGAUGCGCCGGACGUUGGGGAAGGCGACCAAGCGUGCACACGACAUGAUCACCUCGUCGCUCCCCGGUCGUGCGCCGCAGCUCGCCAUUGCCGUCAAGUCGCGCAUUGAGGUCUUUGUGUGGGAGGCACCAGAGCUCGUCCACUGGACCACCCUCAAGCUCGACGGCCCAUCCAUGGCCAUGACCUACUUUCCAGCCACAGGACGACUUGGCCUCGUUUUGCCGACUGGCUACGUGGCUGUCGACACGACCGACGGUCGUCUCACCGUCUUCGCCGUCGCAGACGUCGUCGGUAUGCCAUCUGACAACGCGCAAGUCAUGGAGAUCCCAGGCUCGUACCCAGGCUCGCACACUGUCGUCGCCAAUGGCAUGCGCGCCGUCACCGUGCCGUCAGACGCUGUGGUGAGCAACAGCGUCGACGCCCAGCGGAAGGCGUGGACGUGGACCUGCAUCCCGAACACGUUUACCACGCUCGGCGGAUACAUCAUGGCGGUGGCAUCAACCAAUAUCGAGAUCCGCAACGGCCGCAACGGUGCCAUUGUCCAGCGACUCGUGCUUGCGCCCCCGCUCCGCCUCCUCUCGAGCGAUUGCCUCGUCGCAUAUGUGGCCGCAGAGACCGGCCACAGGCGGUCGGUCUACAAGAUUGCGUUUGCGGUUGACACCAAGCUCGCCACAGUCACUUCCUCCGGCCUCUCCGACUCGCAAAGCUCAUACACCCGCUCUUAUGAGCUUGUCAAGGCACUCUCGCUGAUGUCGACCUCGUCACUAGCUGCGUUUAGCUACACUAUGCUUGCAGAUGGUGGCGACGACGAGUCCAUGUCUACCUCGUGGUCGUCGACCGUGCCCGACUCGGCCCAAAGCGACGACGAGGUCUUUGGCCGCUCGUCGGCCGGGAGCUCAUCUUCGGUAUUUGGUGGCCCGGCCAUCUCCGACUCAUCGGACGCCUUUGGGGAUGCCGAUGACGCAGGCGUCGAUUCGAUCAACCAACCUUCACACAACGUGUCCGAGUCCGAUUCGGACGACGAACCGGAUCGCAGCAUCGACAUUCGCAUGGGCUCCUCGCAGCGGUGCUUUGAUGUCUCGAUUUGCCUCCCCAGCGACUUGACCUGGAGCUCGCUGCCCGAGGUACUCGACACGCCACCGCCCACCUCGGCAUCGUGCUUAUCGGUCUCUGUCGGCACCCUCUCGCCCAACUCCAAGCUACACUCGGCCGUCAUGUCUCACUCGCUCUCGGCCCUUCACGCAUCGAUGGUGGCCUUGGACUCGGACACAGGCUCGGACUCGGACACAGGCUCGGACUCGGACUCGGACUCGGACUCGGACUCGGACUCGGACUCGGACGCCGAAUCGUACACGGCUUGGUCGGACCUGAUCGAUUCGGACGACUCGGACGCACUGGCUGCCUCGCUCCGCAAUCUUGCCUCUUCGGCCUCGCGCGUUGCUGCUACCGAUGAGUACUGGGAGUGUGACGGCCCUCUCAUUAUCACGCCCAACUAA